GAAGAGAAAAAGGCGAAAGCUUAACAAUGGCUGAGCAACAAGAGAUCGUAGCUUCCGCGCCAGCUGAACCAAUAACAGACAUGGAAGUGGAGGCUGCGGAGAAACGCGCGAGAGAGGAGACGAAGGAAACAGAGGAUGGAGGCGAAUCCAAGAAGCAGAAAGUGGAAGAGGAAGAGAAACCCAACGGGUCGGAUCCGGUUAAGCUGGGUCCGAAGGAGUUCGUUACCUCUGUGGCGAUGUUUGAUUACUUCACCAAGUUUAUGCACUUCUGGCCAACUGAUCUCGAUGUCAACAAGUAUGAACACAUGGUGCUGCUAGAUCUGAUCAAGAAGGGCCAUACUGAGCCUGACAACAAGAUUGGGGGAGGGAUCAAAGCCUUCCAAGUAAGAACCCACCCGAUGUGGAAGAGCAGGUGCUUCUUUUUGGUUAGGGAAGACGACACUGCUGAUGAUUUCAGCUACAGGAAGUGCGUUGAUCACAUCCUCCCGUUGCCUGAAAACAUGAAAACUCCUGGGUCUAACGGUAAUGGGCACGGUGGGGGAGGUCGCGGUGGGGGAAGAAGAGGUGGACGUGGUGGUGGUAGAGGUGGGAGGUUCAGAAGAUGAAUUUGCUUGCUGACUCUUGUUGCUUUAAAUUGAAAUUUUGAAGCUUUUAAUGUUAAGUUUUGUUGCUAAAAACUUAUUUAAGUUAUGAUCUUGUUGAAAUGCUACUGUUAUUUUCAAGAGAAUGUUUGUCAGUUUAUAUCACCUAUAUUGUUCAAGAA